UCCCAGGUUUAAAGUCCUAAUCUGUUUUAGGUUAAAAUUAAAAUCAAACAGUUCCUUGUUUCUUCUUCAAAAAACAUGGCAAACAAGUUGAAGAAAUACGAAAAAAUUGAAUUUCUCGGUGAAGGUCAGUUUGCCACCGUGUACAAAGCGCGUGAUGUCGACACCGACACAAUAGUCGCCGUGAAGAAGAUCAAAAUUGGCAGCCACAUAGAAACCAAAGAUGGGAUCAAUCGAACUGCCCUCAGAGAAAUCAAAAUCCUACAGGAGCUUAGCCACAAAAAUCUAAUCGGAUUACUGGAUGUUUUUGGUCAUAUGUCCAACAUUUCUCUUGUUUUUGAUUUCAUGGAUACUGAUCUUGAAAUUAUCAUCAAAGACAACACAAUUAUUCUAACAACUGCAAAUAUCAAAUCAUACACAAUUCAAACUCUUCAAGGCUUGGAAUAUCUCCAUCUCAACUGGAUAUUGCACAGAGAUUUGAAGCCUAAUAAUUUAUUAGUAAAUGCAAAUGGAGUACUAAAAAUUGGAGAUUUUGGCUUGGCCAAAGCAUUUGGUUCCCCAAAUAGAAUAAAUACUCAUCAAGUGGUGACUCGAUGGUAUAGAUCACCAGAGUUGCUCUUUGGUGCUCAACAAUACAGCACAGGUAUUGAUAUGUGGGCUGUUGGGUGUAUAUUGGCAGAACUUUUAUUACGUGUACCUUUUUUGCCUGGAGAUUCUGAUUUGGAUCAACUUACAAGAAUAUUUCAAGUAUUUGGUAAUCCUACUGAAGAAAAUUGGCCUGGUAUUAAGGAGUUGAUUGCUUAUAUUGAAUUUAAACCGUUUCAACCAGUACCAUUAAAACAUAUCUUCACAGCAGCCGGGGAUGAUUUAUUAGACGUUUUGAAUUCGUUGUUAGCACUGAAUCCGAUUGAGAGGAAAACUUGCACAGAACUUUUGCAAAUGCCCUAUUUCAGUAAUAAACCUGCGCCUACUUAUGGACCUAAAUUGCCUUUACCCCAAAAUAUAAGGAAUCAACGUAAUUUGGAGAAACCGUCGUUGAAAAGGAAGUUGCUUGAUGCUGCGGAUGGUGCGCCAAGCUUAUCGAAACGUUUAAACUUUUAAUUGUAAUAUUAAAUUAAGAUUAAUUGAUUGUUCACACUCUGUUAUAAAUAAUUUUUUUCUAUAAAAAAAAUCGUAACUUAUUUACACUGCAGAGGUAAUCAAAUUUACUCAAGCCGAAUAUGAUGAAGAAUGAUCUAAAACUAAUAUGUGAAGAUUAAAGUUAAUGUUAGCAAUAUCUCCCCUGGGGAAUAUAGAAAUAAUACAACGUAUGUCCGUAUGUGUAAUAUUAUUGUUUUAUAAGAGGAGAAAUGUAUUGUUUAUGAUGUGGUGUUGCUAUAAAAUACGCAUUAUUGCAACUUUAUUAUAAAUUGUUUUUGUAGGUGCCUAGGCAAGUAUUUAUCCUGUCAUCGGUAUGUAAAUGAUAUUUUGCUGUCUCAGUCUGUCUAUUCAUCGAAAUUGGUAAAGUGUGCCGUGCUGGUUACAAACAAGCAAACAAACAAACAAACAGACAUGUGAAGCUAAUAUAAUGCGUGUAAAAAUGAA